GGUUAUCGAAACCCUAAACCGACAGGUUGAUGACCGUUCAAGCAAGAGGGUCCCAUCAAAGAGAGUGCAUCUUGACCGUUGAUUGAAGAUUAUGAAGGGGUUUAGCGGUUCAAAGCGUACCCCAAAGCCCUCUCUGGGGAGGAGGGCAAACGACGGCGGCGUCGGGGAAGAUGCUCAGAUUGCUUGGCUCCUGAGGUAACCCUUCUUUUGCUUGGCUUCUGAGCUCGAUAGUUGUUUUCUUUCUCGAUUGCUUCUGCAACCGCAAUGGGACUCCUUGAAUCAUCAAGAACUAUUCGUCGAUUUCGUGUGGAGGGACUCCUUGAAUCAUCAAGAAUCUAUCUUGGAUGUCUUACGCCUUGGAAAUCUACUACCAGCAGAGUUAGUGGUUCCCAGAAACGGCCCUUUGUCACGAAAAAUCUACUUGGUUCUGCGAAAAAUCUCAUCUUUAGACAUAACAGCACUUGUUCUUCCGUAAGACACUUAUCUUUGGUCGAGUUCAGAGGUUUUUGCACCGAUGUGGUUCCCAAAGAAUCACAGACUAUUAGUCAAAAGACUCUUGCCGUUGCGGAGGUCCAGGCUGCUCUUGUGGAUUACCUUCAUGGCACCAGAGGCAUACUGUCUGAUGAUGCAGAGCACAUCAGCAAGCACUGCCCAGUUUUUCUUGCCAAGCUCUUGAAGAAGGUAGAGAACGAAGAUAAUAUUGGCAACGCGAUGUCUCGAUUCUUUCACUACCACCCCAUCAAUGAAUUUGAGCCAUUCUUUGAGAGCAUUGGUCUGACAUCAGAUGAGAUUAGCUCAUUGCUUCCUCGGGAUUUGAUGUUCCUUUCUGAUGAUAAAAAAUUGAUUGAGAACUAUAAUGGUCUCUGCAAUUAUGGCAUUGCCCAUGGAAAGAUUGGAAAAAUAUACAAAGAAGCUACUGAAGUUUUCAGGUGCCACUUCAGGGUUUUGGAGUCAAAGCUCGGGGCUUACGAAGGAUUGGGCCUUAGUAAAAGUACCAUUAUUAAAGUUGUUGCUUCAAGUCCAAUUCUUCUCAUAGGGGGUGUCAAUGAUGAGUUCGUUAAGGUGCUAGAGGAGUUGGAGAAUAUAGGUAUCCAGAGAGAUUGGAUCGGAGGUGUUCUUUCAGAAAAGAAUGCAUACAACUGGAGCCACAUGCUUGUACUUUUACAGUUCUUUAUAGAGCUGGGAUUUACAAAAGAGGCGCUGGGGGACUUGAUCCGAAGACAUCCUGGUUUUAUGCUGGAUGGUUCAGGAAGUGCCAUCUUUUUGCUGGUAGGAUUGCUGCUGAAAUCUGGUGGAACCAAAAAGAAGUUAUUCAGUCUAUUCUCACAAUUCCCAAAUGUACAAUUUGGUAUCUUUAUGGGGAACUUGUGGCAUGGAGUGAUGUUUCUAGUUAAAAUUGAAAUGGAGACUGCAGAUAUUCACAAGAUUUUACUUAGUCACACGGAAAUGCUUGGUUCUUGUCCUUUGAAGGCACCCGAAACCAUUAUUACUGAACUGCUUGUCCGUCCAAAGCAAUUGUGUCAAAUCAUAAAGGAGGACCCAGAUCAGUUAAAGAAAUAUGCAUUGGGGAUAAAGGUCAAACCCUUGAGGACAAAGGCCAAACCCAUAGCGAAAUCUAAUGAGCACGAACAGUCACUUAGAGAAAAGAGAAAGUUCUUGGUGCAUCUAGGGUUUAUUGAGGACUCGAAAGAGAUGGAGAAGGCACUCACACUGUGCCGUGGCAAGGGUGAUGAACUCCAAGAUCGUUAUGACUUUUUGGUGAAAUUGGGACUGGACCCGAAUGACGUAUCUAAUAUGAUCAAAGUGUAUCCGCAUGUCCUAAAUCAGAAGAUAGAUGUCCUAGAAAGCAAGAUUUCUUUUCUUACAAAUGAUCUGGGUUAUCCCGUAAGUUCACUAGUGGCAUUCCCAUCAUAUUUGUGUUACACUGUUCAGAGGGUGAGUUUAAGGUUGUCAAUGUACGAUUGGCUCAAGGGUAGAGGAAAGGUCAAGUGUAGACUAGCUCUAAGCAGCAUCCUUGCAUGUUCUGAUAAGAAAUUUAUGAAGCGGUUCGUAAAUGUUGACCCUGAGGGCCCUAAAGUCUGGGAAGACCUAAAGAACUCAUGCAAGCCUGCAUUAUCUUCAAGUUAGUUGAUCUUUCAGAUAACUUGAGAAAAGGUUGGACUUUUGUUUCACUUAUCGAUGCUCGGCGUUGGUGAAUUCCAAGUCAGAUGCAUCACAUACAUGGAUCUAAUCCCAAGCAUGUUUCUAAAAAGAAGAUCUCUACCUCAAUACAGAGACAUAUCAGACUAACCUUUCUCAAAGAAAUAAAGAGUAAUCAACAGCACACUGAUCGAAAGAAACUAUGCUCU